GCUCCCCCGCUUCCCCUUCCCCCUCCCCGCACACCGCCUGCCGCGGCUUCCCCCUAUCGCGAUAGUCGCCGGCGGCGCGGGGGGGGGGGCCGCCAUGUCGAGCAGCGGUCGCAGCCCUUUGCCGACCGUCAACGAGAGGGACGCGGAGCAGCCGGGCGCCGUGGAGGGCAAGGGCGGCGGCAAGGCCAGCAUGCUGCGGGGCCGCAACGCCGGCACGGCCGCCGAGGAGCAGCCGCACAUCGGCAACUACCGGCUCCUCAAAACCAUCGGCAAGGGCAACUUCGCCAAGGUCAAGCUGGCCCGGCACGUCCUGACCGGCAAGGAGGUGGCCGUGAAAAUCAUUGACAAGACGCAGCUCAACUCCUCCAGCCUGCAGAAGCUCUUCCGGGAAGUGCGAAUAAUGAAGGUCCUGAACCACCCCAACAUCGUGAAGCUCUUUGAGGUGAUCGAGACGGAGAAGACGCUGUACCUGGUCAUGGAGUACGCCAGCGGGGGUGAGGUGUUCGAUUACCUGGUGGCCCACGGGCGCAUGAAGGAGAAGGAGGCUCGGGCCAAGUUCCGACAGAUAGUGUCGGCCGUGCAGUACUGCCACCAGAAAUUCAUCGUGCACAGGGACCUGAAGGCCGAGAACCUGCUGCUGGACGCCGACAUGAACAUCAAAAUCGCCGAUUUUGGGUUCAGCAACGAGUUCACGUUCGGGAACAAGCUGGACACGUUCUGCGGCUCCCCCCCCUACGCCGCCCCCGAGCUCUUCCAGGGCAAGAAAUACGACGGACCCGAGGUGGACGUGUGGAGCCUGGGGGUCAUUCUGUACACCCUGGUCAGUGGGUCACUGCCCUUCGAUGGACACAACCUCAAGGAGCUGCGGGAGCGCGUGCUGCGGGGCAAGUACCGGAUCCCCUUCUACAUGUCCACGGACUGUGAGAACCUGCUCAAGAAAUUCCUCAUCCUCAACCCCACCAAGAGGGGCACCCUGGAGCAAAUCAUGAAGGACCGCUGGAUGAACGUGGGCCACGAGGACGACGAGCUCAAGCCCUACAUGGAGCCCGUGCCUGACUACAAGGACCCCCGCAGGACAGAGCUGAUGGUGUCCAUGGGCUACACCCGGGAGGAGAUCCAGGAGUCGCUGGUGGGGCAGAAAUACAACGAGGUGAUGGCGACGUACCUGCUGCUGGACCACCGGGGCUCCGAGCUGGAGGAGAACCUGUCCCUGAAGCCCCGGGUGGCCCCGGAGGUGGCCAACAGCUCGGGCCCCUCCCCCGCUCACAAGGUGCAGCGCAGCGUCUCGGCCAACCCCAAACGGCGAGUGAGCGACCAGGCCGGGCUCUCCAUCCCCACCUCGGCCUCGUACUCCAAGAAGACGCAGGCGGCGAACGUGGAGAACAAGAGAGGGGGAGGAGGAGGAGGAGGAGGGGCAGGGGAGGAGGAGGGCGGGGGGCGCCGCGCCGGCAGCACGGCCAAGGUGCCCCCGAGCCCCCUGCCCGGCCUGGAGCGCUCCAAGGGCACCCCCUCCCCCUCCACGAACAGCGUCCUGUCCACGGGCACCACGCGCAGCCGCAACUCGCCGCUGCUGGACCGGGCCAGCCUGGGCCAGAGCUCCCUGCAGAACGGCAAGGACAGCGGGGCCCCUCCCCGGGUCCCGGCCGCCUCCCCCUCUGCCCACAACGUGAGCCAGGGCCCCGGGGAGCGGCCCAGCUUCCCCCGGGGGGUCUCGAGCCGCAGCACCUUCCAUGCCGGGCAGCUCCGCGCCCCCCGGGACCCCCGGGACCCCGGGAACCCCCUGCCCUACGCGCUGCCCCCGGGGCUGCCCCCGCCCGCCUCGCCCUCGGGCGCCAGCCAGGGCCGGCGCGGCCCCUCCGCCAGCCUGUUCAGCAAGUUCACCUCCAAGUUCGUGCGCAGAAAUCUGUCUUUCAGGUUUGCCAGAAGGAACCCCCAUGAGCCCGAGAGCAAGGAGCGGGUGGAGACCCUCAGACCCGCGGUGGGCCCCGACAAGGACCCCCGCGACGCCGCCGGCCGCGACGCCAAGCCGCGCUCGCUGCGCUUCACGUGGAGCAUGAAGACCACGAGCUCGCUGGAGCCCGGCGAGAUGCUGCGCGAGAUCCGCAAGGUGCUGGACGCCAACAGCUGCCGCUGCGAGCCCCAGGAGCGCUUCGUGCUGCUCUGCGCCCACGGCGCGCCCGGCCACGACUCCUUCGUGCAGUGGGAGAUGGAGGUGUGCAAACUGCCCCGGCUCUCGCUCAACGGCGUCCGCUUCAAGCGCAUCGCCGGCACCUCCAUGGCCUUCAAGAACAUCGCCUCCAAGGUGGCCAACGAGCUCAAGCUCUGAGCCGCCGCCACGGCCCGGGAGCUGCGCCCGGGGGGCCGGUGAGGGCCCGAGGGGCACCUGAGAGCGGCUCCAGUGGUCACCGGGCCCUGCAGGGGUCACUGAGAGCGGCUCCAGAGCGGCCACCGGGCCCUGCAGGGGUCACUGAGAGCGGCUCCAGUGGUCACCGGGCCCUGCAGGGGUCACUGAGAGCGGCUCCAGAGCAGCCACCGGGCCCUGCAGGGGUCACUGAGAGCGGCUCCAGUGGUCACUGGGCCCUGCAGGGGUCACUGAGAGCAGCUCUGGUGGUCACCGGGCCCUGCAGGGGUCACUGAGAGCGGCUCCAGUGGUCACCGGGCCCUGCAGGGGUCACUGAGAGCGGCUCCAGUGGUCACCGGGCCCUGCAGGGGUCACUGAGAGCGGCUCCAGUGGUCACCGGGCUCGGGAGGGCCCAGCCGGGAGCGGCUCCAGGGUGGCCGAGGAGCUGCAGCUCUGGGGACAGACACGGCGACCCAGGAGCGGCUCUGGUGACCCAGGAGUGGCUCUGAGGUGACCCAGGAGCGGCUCUUGGUGACCCAGGAGUGGCUCUGAGGUGACCCAGGAGCGGCUCUGGUGACCCAGGAGUGGCUCUGAGGUGACCCACGAGUGGCUCUGGUGACCCAGGAGUGGCCCUGAGGUGGCCGAGGAGCCCCGGCCUCGAGCCACGGACGCGCUGACCUGGGAGCAGCGACCCAGGAGUGGCCACCUGGGAGCACCUCUGAGGUGGCCACCCAGCUCUGGCCCCGAGCCACGGACACGGCGACCCUGGAGCUCCUCUGAGGUGGCCGAGGAGCCGCGGCCCCGAGCCACGGACACGGAGGGGACGCCCCCGAGGGGACAUGGCCGCGCCAGGACGGGACCUGGGGGCUCCUGGAUGGAUUUGGGACGGCCGGGGGUCACCUGGAUGGGCCUGGAGCCACCUGGAUGGGCCUGGAGCGCGCUCAGGCCUCGGUGGGGCCUCCUGGACGGACCUGGUGGCCCCAGGGCAGCUCCUGGACAGAGCCCGUGGCUGAACCCAGGACCUCGGGGGGGUCACCUGGGUGCAUCUGGGACUUUCCCUCAUGGACUGGGGACACCUGGGGACCUCGGGGGGGUCACCCGGACCUUGUGUGGCCACCAUGGGGACACCCUGGAUGGACCCAGGGCCACCUGGACGGAGCUGGGGCUCACCUGGCUGGGCCCGGGACCACCUGGGGACAUCGUGUGGGGACAAGGGCCAGGGGGUCAUGGGGACCCUGGCACCUGCUGGGGACAUCCUGGUGGCCCAGGGACCUGGGGGAUCCUCUGGGAGGGGAACAAGGCCCGUGUGAGGACAGGGACACGUCCUGGGUGGCCCAGGGGACCAGCAGUGGUGGCCCAAGGCCCCUCUAAGGAGUCCUGGGCCUCCAGAGGGAGGUCGUGGAUGGCCCAGGAACCUCCAGGGACAUCCCAGGUGGCCCUUGGGGACAUCCUUGGUGGCCCAGGGCCGUGUGGGGACAUCCUGGGUGUCCCUGAGCCUUAUGGGGGGGACACGGGGAUGCUCCGGGGCUCCCCCAGGGCCCCUCGGUGGCCUUAGGGGGGGGUGGGGGUGUCCCCUCCCCCCGUGGGGAUCCCGGGGUCCCCUGUCCCCCCUCCCCCCCUCGGGGACAGGGCUUGUCCCCUCCCCCCGCACUCAGGAAGGCCCCGGGGGGGGAGGGGCGGGGGCGCUGCUGCUGCCGGGGGUGCUCCGGGGUGGGGGUGGGGUGUCCCCUCCCCCCGCCCCCCCCUUUUGUCCUGCUGUAGCCCCGCCCCGGGCACCGCCCCUGGGGGCGGGGACACUCUGGGGGAGGGGCCAAGCCCAGGUCACGCCCCCGGCCACGCCCCCUCGCAGAGGAUUUUCCAGGUUCUAAUUAAAAACUUCCAGAAAGA